AUGCCGCAAUUAUUGUCGAAACCGCUACCGGGGACCACCGGGAAAGGAUUGGAGAGUAACAUCAACAAAAAUGAGCACACCGAGGAUACAAUCUCGAUCACCGACGAUGUACGAGCCGCCGACUACUAUCAUGGACUCGUGCCACGCACCGACGUUGAACCGCUUUUGAAGAAGGAAGGCGAUUUUCUUCUCAGGAAAACCGAGCACACUCCUGGAAUAAUUGUCUUGGCCAUCUCGAUGCGCGUUAAUUCGAAUAUUAAGCACUACAUGAUCAACCAGGGUCCAAAUGGAACUUUCUACCUCGAAGGCCACCAUGAAAAUAGCAUUUCCGAACUGAUCAACUGGCAUCGUACGACAAAGGUCCCACUUUCGUCAAAUGCGGCAAAUGCGAUUUUGAAGCGCCCUGUGGAGCGACCGGCUUGGCUACUCAAUCACGAUUCGAUCACACUUGUGAAGAAACUCGGUGAAGGCGCUUUCGGAGAGGUGUUUCUUGCUGAAUUCUCAACGGGUGAAGAGAAACAAGAAGUGGCAGUGAAGACAAUGCGAAACGAGCCGACAAGGGAGGCACGACUGAAGUUCAUGAAAGAGGCACGGCUCAUGCGCAAGUACAAUCAUCGACACGUUGUCAAGAUUCUCGGCGUUGCCGUUCACGAAAACCCGUUGAUGUUGGUGAUGGAGGUGUGCCCUGGCGGAUCGUUGUUGUCGUACCUGCGAAAGAACAAAGGAAAGACGGGUGCCGCUCAAAAACUUCGAUUUUCUACUGAAGCCGCUGAUGGACUGUGGUAUUUGGAAAAGCAAUGUUGCAUUCACCGCGACAUUGCUGCCCGGAAUUGCUUGUUAAGCGCCAAAACGGAGGUGAAAAUUGCGGACUUUGGAAUGUCGGACGACAAGAAAAUUGUGCACGAUGACACGUUGGAUAAGGUGCCUGUGAAAUGGCUCUCGCCGGAGACGCUCCAAGGGAAGGUCUAUUCGCUGAAGACUGAUAUCUGGUCGUAUGGAGUACUUGUUUGGGAGGUCUACAUGGACGGUGCUGAACCCUAUCCCGGCCUCUCCAACAUUCAAACGCGAGCCAAGGUUGUUGUCCAGAAUUACCGAAUGGAGAUGCCAAAGGAAUGCCCAACCGCUGUGGCUAAAGUCGUGUACGCAUGCUGGGACAAGGAUCCAAAGAAUCGACCGGAGAUGGGCAAAAUCUUCCGAAUAUUGAAGGAAGUGAAUAUGCGAACUAUUCAAUCUGUGCGU